CUUCUUUAUGCCUUCUCUGCACUUCCAUGGCCAUAGUUUUAUACAUAAAUUACCCUUCAAGCUUCUCUCUGUAUCUUCCUUCACUAAAAUCAGCAAUGUCCAGACUCACCAAACAUUACCCAUUAUCGACAAGUUUAUAUCAUUCUUGGAAGAAUUCUCAGAAAACGUUAGUUGGGUCAGGUCUAUCCAUGCCCAAAUUGUCGUUAACUCCCAAUCAAAGUACCAAUUCUUGGCUGCAAAGCUUGUUAAGGUAUACAGCGAUUUGGGUUGUUUAGAUUCUGCCCGAGAUGUGUUCGAUCAAAUUCCUCAACCAAAAACUAUUCUUUGCAAUGCCUUGCUUAAUGGGUACUUGCACAAUGAGUGCUAUGAGGAGGCUGUUCAGUUAUUUAAAUUAAUGAGUUUUUCUGAUUUGAGGUUUGAUAGUCAUACUUGUACGUUUGUGCUAAAGGCAUGCACGAGAUUAGGAGAUUAUGACACAGGUAUGGAAGUGAUUAGGAGAGCUUUGUAUGGGGGGAUUGAAAAAGAUAGAUUUGUGGGAACUUCAAUGAUUAAAUUCUUAACCAACUUAGGUGAUGUUGAAGGAGCGCGACAGGUUUUUAGUGGCAUGACUGAAAGAGAUGUUGUUUGUUGGAAUUCGAUGAUUGGCGGUUAUGUGAAGGUAUGUCAAUAUGAUGAGGCUUUUAAUUUUUUUCUUGACAUGCUUGGUUGUGGGAUUAGGCCAAGUCCUGUCACUGUGGUGAUUCUGACUCAAGCAUGUGGAGGGAUAAGGGAUUUAGAUCUUGGAAGAUGUAUUCAUGGGUAUGUUCUUGGGUCGGGAAUGGGCGGAGAUAUUUCGGUACUUACGUCUUUGGUUGAUAUGUAUAGUAAGAUAGGUGACUACAAAAGUGCCUGUCUAGUUUUUGGUAGUAUGCCAAUGAAAAACAUAAUUUCAUGGAAUGCUAUGAUCUCAUGCUGUGUUCAAAAUGGUUAUGUGCAUGAAGCUUUUAACCUUUUUCAUGAAUUAGUAACUAAUGUUGGCAGUUUUGAUUCGAUGACUGUUGUUAGCCUCCUUCAUGGUUGUGCUCAAAUUGCGGAUUUGGAAAGUGGAAAGAUCCUCCAUGGCUGUAUUCUCCGGCGGGGCCUUGAAGGAAAUGUCAUUUUGUCUACUGCAGUAGUGGAUCUGUACUCUAAAUGUGGUGCCUUAAAAGAGGCAACUUUUGUAUUUGACAGAAUGAAGGAUAGAAAUGUGAUUACCUGGACUGCUAUGCUUGGAGGUUUAGCACAGAAUGGGCACGCAGAAGAAGCCCUCAAAUUAUUUAGCCAAAUGCGAUCAGAGGGAAUUGCAGCUAAUUCUGUAACUUUGGUUAGUUUAGUCCAUUCUUGUGCUCAUUUGGGCUCUCUGAAGAAGGGAAGGAGUGUCCACGCUCAGUUAUUUCUACAUGGAUCUACUUUUGAAGUUGUUAACAGGACAGCCUUGAUUGAUAUGUAUGCCAAGUGUGGGAAGAUAAACCAUGCUGAGAGAGUAUUCAGUGGUGGUACCUUCUCUAAAGAUGUUAUAUUAUGGAAUUCUAUGAUUACAGGCUAUGGCAUGCAUGGCCAAGGGCAUCAAGCUCUUGUUGUUUAUAGUAGAAUGAUAAAAGAGGGCCUCAAACCAAAUCAAACUACAUUCAUUUCCCUUCUGUCUGCUUGUAGUCACUCAGGGCUAGUGGAAGAGGGAAGAAGAUUGUUUCAUAGCAUGGAAAGCGAUCAUAAGGUUAGGCCUACUGAAAAGCAUUAUGCUUGCUAUGUGGAUCUCCUUAGCCGAGCAGGACUGCUUGAAGAAGCUGAGGCAUUGAUCAAACAAAUGCCUUUUGAACCCAGCACUGCAGUAUUUGAAGCAUUGCUGAGUGGAUGUAGAACUCACAAGAAUAUUGACAUGGGCAUAAGGACUGCAGAUAGAUUACUCAGAUUGGAUGCAAUGAAUCCAGGAAUUUAUAUUAUGUUAUCAAACAUAUAUGCUCAAGCAAGGAGAUGGGAUGCUGUGGAUUACAUCCGAGGACUCAUGAGAAAACAAGGACUUAGAAAAAUACCUGGGUACACUUUGAUUGAGGUUGGAAAUCAAGUCCACACAUUUUUUGCUGGAGAUGAUUCACAUCCAAACAGAGCAGAGAUUAAUAAAGUUUUGGAGAAUCUGAGACUAGAAGUGGAAGCUUUAGGUUAUGUGGCUGAUACAAGUUGCAUCCUCCGGGAUGCGGAUGAGCCAGUGAAGAUGAAACUCUUAUGGAGGCACAGCGAGAGAUUAGCUAUUGCUUUUGGUUUAUUAAGCACACCAUCAGGAAGCCCCAUCAGGAUCACUAAAAACCUGAGAGUAUGUUUAGACUGCCAUGCGGUGACCAAAUACAUAUCAAAGAUUGUCAGGAGGGAAAUUGUAGUGAGAGAUGCUAAUCGUUUCCACCACUUCAUUAAUGGAACAUGUUCUUGUAAUGAUUAUUGGUAAGGGAUAUAAUUGUAUCAUUCUUUAUCUAUUUUCAUCAUUCCAAAGAAAAAAAAAAAAAAACCACAAAACAAAGGUUGAGUUUGGAUCAAGGAUUUCAACGUGCGGACUUAAUAAGAAGAAAAUGUGAAU